UGUCAGCAACCAAAUGAUAACAUGGAAGAGAAAUUUGAAAUCGCAACAAAUGGCAAAGAAGGAAGAUUAUUAAAAGAUGAUAAUAUGGGAGUAAAGAAUGAUAAUAUAGGGAAGAAAGAAGAAAGGCUAUCAGGGAAUAGUGAUCUGAAAGAUAAAUUUGAAAUCGUAACAAGUGUCAAAGAAAAAACAUUAUUAUGGAAGAUUGAUCUAAGACUCAUUCCUUUAUUUACACUUAUCUACACAAUUUGUUUCUUGGAUAGAGUUAAUAUUGGAAACGCAAAGUUAGCUAACUUGGAAAGUGACCUUAAUUUAACCGGAUCUGAAUAUAAUUGGAUUAUAAGUAUUUUUUUUGUGGGUUAUGCAUUGUGCGGAGUACCAUCCAAUAUCAUAAUAGCUAAAUUCAGCCCUUCAUUUUGGAGAAUCUUUGAAGCUGACCUUUUUCCUGGUAUCAUAUUUUAUAUUACAAAAUGGUAUAAAAGAUCUGAGCAAAGUUAUCGAACUAGUGUGUUUACCUCUGGUUGCGUGAUUGCUGGUGCAUUCAGCGGAUUUACGGCAUUCUAUGUGAUGGGUUUGGAUGGUACCUUUGGUCUGAGUGGUUGGCAAUGGACUGCUAGAUGGCUUACAGAUGAUGAACGCAAGAUGGUUAUUAAUCGUAUACAGAUUGAUUCAGGACAAAUUUCUAUAACUAAUCAAGAUAACUCUCAGAUUUUCGAGGCUUUUAAAGAUUGG